CCUGAACGUCUCCUCCCCUGUUUCUGCAGUGUUACAGCUUUGCUUUCUUGCUCAUCGUUUCUUGUGCCAAUGCUGCCCUCCGUAAGAGUAAGACAAUACUUCCAUCUGCAUAACACCACACUCCUCUCCUCUCUGCCACCAUCCUUCUGCUUGAUAUCCAUCUUGUCCUGAUCCGUUUGUGUGGUUUUGCGUCCUCUCAAUCCGUCACCAUUCAUUCACGCCUACACUCACGCUCAGACAGAAAAGCAAGGGAAUUUUUCCACUCAGUUUAUUUUACGGAGAAAAAACACACCUUAAAAGCCUUUUUUAAACAAAUUGAUAGUUUAGAAGAAUUUCUGACUGAUAGAAGAAGCGGGACGGAUCAAGACAGACUGUCAUUUCAUUUAUUAUUUUACGCAUCAACAUUCGCACGUAGCCUGGAGAGGAAAAAGCUGAGAACGCAUUGUGUUUUCUGAAAGAAUGACUUAGCUUUGUGGACGGUGUCGCCGCGUUGAAGCGAGGGGAAUUGAAUAACUAAUCCAACAGUGUUAAGUUUGCUGAGGUAGGCUGUCAGGGAAAUAAAUAGCGAAGAAGCACCGUGGAAAGAUACACGCGUCAUUUCCAAGACACCAGCGCAACAAGCCAACACCAUUACACCAGCCUGCUGCGUGGAUGGCACACUGGGUGUCUUCUUCUCUUGAGCUGGUGCAGAGCAGCCUCGCGGAGACCAGGGUCCAGCUGAAAUUCGGGGCUUUCUUUGCUGAAUCUACUCUGUCAUCUCUUCUCGUUUUCUUAAAACUCUCUAACGUGGAAUCCUCUCCGGCUAUAGUUUUCAUGGUGAUUAUGAAACUCUCUGCACAAUGUGUUCAUUACAGAUAACCUGUCUUCCCACAGAGCGAUAUGAAAGAUAAGUUCCUUUCCUGAGGCCAUAACUUCCACUCUGAGCUGACUCACAGAAAACUGCACCUCGGGACUCCAAGCAUCAUCACGCGGCCAUGUUUCUGAACAAGCGUAUCCUCACUCCAUGCAUGUUCAUGUCCUUGCUGCUGGUUCUGCUCCCAGGAGUCACUCGUGUCUCCCAGGGCAGUGCCAGCCUUGAAGAUACUGACGUCGCAGCAGGCAACUGCUCCAGCACUGAAAACUGCACAGAUGGCGUUGUGCUGCCCAUGUGGAACCCCACAAACCCCGCGGUGGGGGACAAGGUGGCACGCGCCAUAGUUUACUUUGCAGCCCUCAUAUACAUGUUCCUGGGCAUGUCCAUCAUCGCAGACCGCUUCAUGUCUUCCAUCGAGGUCAUAACCUCCCAAGAGAAGGAGAUCACCAUCAAGAAGCCCAACGGUGAGACGACCACGACCACUGUACGCAUCUGGAACGAGACGGUAUCCAACCUGACUCUGAUGGCGCUGGGCUCAUCUGCACCAGAGAUCCUUCUGUCCCUCAUUGAAGUGGUCGGCCAUAACUUCGAGGCUGGAUCUCUGGGGCCCAGCACCAUUGUGGGCAGCGCUGCGUUCAACAUGUUCAUUAUCAUCGCCAUCUGUGUGCACGUGGUGCCCGAAAAUGAAGUCCGGAAGGUAAAGCACCUGCGGGUGUUUUUCGUCACUGCUUCCUGGAGCGUGUUCGCCUACAUCUGGCUGUAUAUCAUCCUGUCUGUGGUCUCCCCGGGAGAGGUGGAGGUGUGGGAGGCUGUCCUUACCUUCCUCUUCUUCCCCAUCUGUGUGCUCCAAGCCUGGAUCGCAGACCGCCGCCUUCUCUUCUACAAGUACGUCCAUAAGCGUUAUCGUGCUGAUAAGACCCGAGGCAUUAUCAUCGAGUCGGAAGGAGACGCCAUGUUUACUAAAAUGGACUUGGAGAUGGACGGCCCGGGUGGGAACUCCCACACUCACCCCAAAGAGGCGCUGGAUGGGAUGCUGGAGGGCGUGGAGGAAGGUGGAGGGAGCGCGGAGCAGGAUCAGGAAGAAGAGGCCCGACGGGACAUGGCUCGCAAUCUGAAAGAUUUAAAACAAAGGCACCCGGAGAAAGACAUGGAGCAGCUGAUCGAGAUGGCCAACUACCAAGUGCUGGUGCAACAACAUAAGAGCCGGGCCUUCUAUCGCAUCCAAGCCACGCGCAUGAUGAUUGGAGCGGGGAACAUCUUGAAGAAGCACGCCGCCGACCAGGCCAGGAAGGUGGUGAGCUGUCAUGAGGCCAGUGGGCAGGAGGAAGACCCCAACACCAUCUACCUGCAGUUUGACUCCGAUCACUACCAGUGCUUCGAGAACUGCGGCUCUCUGAAGCUGUCAGUCACUCGGCACGGAGGAGAGAGUGGCUGCACUGUGAAGGUGGACUACCGUACGGAGGAUGCGACCGCCAACGCCGGCUCAGACUACGAGUUUGCCGAGGGCACUCUGGUCUUCAAGCCUGGCGAGACCACCAAAGAGUUCACCGUCGGUGUCAUUGAUGAUGAUAUUUUUGAAGAAGAUGAGCAUUUCUAUGUGCGCCUGAGUAAUCCACGUAUCGUGCACCGGGCUGAGGUCUCUGUCCUGGAGCCAAACUCCAUCACCUCCAGCAACAGCACAGGAGGGAUCUCCAACGCCCCCCCCAAGGCCGCCCUGGGCACCGCCAGCACCGCCACGGUCACCAUUUACGAUGACGACCACGCCGGCAUCUUCACCUUCGAGAAUAUGUCCAUGAGGAUCAGCGAGAGCGUGGGUAACAUGCAGGUGAAGGUCCACCGGACGUCCGGGGCCAGGGGGAAGGUGGCGGUGCCCUACCGCACCGUCGAGGGCACCGCCAAGGCCGGCGAAGACUACGAGGACGUGUCCGGCAAGCUGGAGUUUCAGAACGAUGAGACCAUGAAGCUGCUGAAUGUGAAGGUCAUCGAUGACGAGGAGUACGAGAAGAACAAGACUUUCACUAUUGUGUUGGAGGAGCCCAUCCUGCUGGAUGUGGGAAAGAGACACGGAGACACCAACGAUAACAAGACAGGCGCGGGACCGGAGGACGUGUCAAAGAUGGGCUGCCCCAUCCUGGGCGAGCACACCAAGCUGGAGGUGGUGAUUGAGGAGUCCUAUGAAUUCAAGAGCACAGUGGACAAGCUGAUAAAGAAGACGAACCUGGCUCUGGUGGUGGGGAGCAGCAGCUGGAGGGAGCAGUUUGUUAGUGCUGUCACUGUCAGUGCAGGUAACGACGACGAGGAAGACAGCGGGGAGGAGCGCCUGCCGUCCUGCUUUGACUACAUUAUGCACUUCCUGACAGUUUUCUGGAAAGUCCUCUUCGCUUUUGUCCCCCCCACUGAGUACUGGAAUGGCUGGGCGUGUUUCUUUGUGUCCAUUUCCCUCAUCGGCGUCCUGACAGCUGUGACCGGAGACCUGGCCUGUCACUUCGGCUGCACCGUCGGGCUCAAGGACUCGGUCACCGCCGUGGUGUUUGUGGCCCUCGGCACCUCUGUACCAGAUACAUUUGCGAGUAAAACGGCUGCCAUCCAGGACCAAUACGCUGACGCCUCCAUCGGCAACGUGACGGGCAGCAACGCCGUCAACGUGUUCCUGGGUAUCGGGGUGGCGUGGACCAUCGCCGCUGUUUACUGGAAGUCCAAAGGCAAGGUGUUCAAGGUGGACCCGGGCUCGCUGGCCUUCUCCGUCACCGUGUUCACCGUCAUGGCGCUGGUGUGUGUGGUGGUGCUGGUCUACCGCCGGCGUCCCAGCGUGGCGGGCGGAGAGCUCGGGGGCCCACGGACACCCAAGCUCCUCACCUUCUUCCUCUUCCUCUCCCUCUGGUUCAUCUACAUCCUGUUGUCCUCCCUGGAGGCUUACUGCCAUGUGCCUGGCUUCUGAGGUGGAGGGAAACACAGAGCGCCUCCUCUCCUUGUUUCUACAGUCUACUGAACGUGUUUACUCUCGGUUUUUGUCUAUUUUCACAGAUGUUUAUAACUCUUUGUAUCAUUAGUUAUUAUUGAUACCGUGCAAUAGGCUAUUUGAUUGACUUUGAAUCUUUGGACUUUGGAACUUUGCUAUGCUGUUAAGUAUAGAUUUAGCCACUGAAAUUAAAAACACUAUACAUUGGAUAUUGAUCCAAUCAUUGCUUUCAGCAUUAACGGCAUCCAACCUUCUGUCGCUUAAAACUUCUGCCAUCGUGUCCUCUCUCUGUGUGGACAAUUAUUUUAGUUUGUAGUGUUGAGAAAGCACAAGAUUUAAGCAGUAUUUUGAAAGGUGUUGUAAAGUGAAUUGAAGGAAAGUGCAUGGAAUGACAUUUUAAUGACAUUUGCUUGAAAGGAAAGAUAUUACUGAGGCUGGAGUGAGGUAUUUGUGUGUUGAUAUUUAUUACUCAAUCUAUACAUUAAUUACUCAUUGUGUAUCAUCAAAAAGAUGAACAUUGUGCGUGGGAGUUUUGUGAAUGGAUAGGUGUGUUUAAUUUUGCACGUUAUCAGAUUAAGAGCUUCUUGGUAAUCUUAUUUAAAGUACUGUAUGUAAUAUUUUGACAUGAUGUGAUGAUGUGUUACUGUGAAUCACUGCUGUGUCACAACCUUUUCACUGCUCGCCAGGGUAAAAAUGCCUUCUUUUUAGUUACAACAUACAUCGACCUGGAGCAGAGUGCCCGCUUUAAAUUGUACUAUGAAGUAUACAUUAUUUGAGCAUUGUGUGCUGUGUGUGUGUGUGUGCUGUGUGUGUGUGCGUGCACUUCUGCUUUCCAGCACAAAUUGGCGAAGGCAUGGCACAAUUUCCUUAUUGACAAAGUGCUGUCUGCGUACAGAGAGGCGAAGGACACCUGUUUUCUUGAACUUUUUUUAACAUCACUUUUAGAAUGAAGCACAGCCACGAAAGGGGUCACUUUCCAGAUGAGAAUAGGAAUAGUUAUUAAGCCCUAAUCUUAGCACAAUCCUCUGAGAUGAAAAUGUGCCCAAACACAUGUACAGUUUUUUGUUUUUCGCACAGCGGUUGAUAUUGAAAUUUGUUUUUAUUUACUCUCGGAUCAGUAGAGCCGUAUUUAUUGUAACAGUAUUAUGGUAAAGGUAUUUAUAUGACCAAUUUCAGUUGUAUUGAUAUGCACGUUUAAUGUACAAAAAGUGGAAAUAAAUGUUGCUCAUUUAUAACGCUGUAA